AUGGACGACAAAUUACCCUAUACUUUCCAAGUCGAUGCCUCUUGGACGGCAGACCCAGAAGAAAUCGAAUUCUUCGAACAACUCGUGGUGGCUUGUGCAGAGGGCCAUCUCAGUCCCUUCGCCGCCGCUCAGAAAAUCACAGAUGAGUUAGCAAGCGAGGCGUGGAGAAACAAAGCCUACGUCGAGCUACAUCACGAAGACAGGCCGUACCGGACCCAUACCGUACUGGUCGCUGUCUUGAUAGGCAGUUGUGCCUCAUCGUUUCCACCAUCUAGUACCGUGCACCGCAGACUCUUCGAAAUGAUCAAGAGCUUCCUCGAGGUCGAAAAGCGGCAGAUACCCUACGUGGCCAACGACUCUAUGGACGAGACACAGUCUAAAUUCGAUGGUUCAACAAAUCUCAGCUCAUCCGUGCCUCUCUGGGAAAGCCUAAAACCAUUGGCCUUCGCAUCAAAUUGGAGUUGGUUGGCAGAACUUGGUGACCCAUGGACAGGAGCGGAAAAGUGUGGCAGUCAUGAGCAACAGAGAUGGAGAAAUCUAUCAUACUUUUCUGCCAAAAUAGCAACCCAGGGUAUUGAACGUUUGGGCCGGCAGAGUCCUUUGCAGAACCUGCUGCCAAGAUAUCGCGCACUUGAUGAAAGCACGAUAGGCUGUUCUGGACACCUGGCUGGCCAAAGCCUUGCUGCGGCUCAAUGGUUUGUACCCAAAUAUCAUGCUUCAUGGGUCUGGCGAGCUUGCUGUGUUUGCGAGAGCUAUUCGCAGCCGGAGACAUCUCCGGAUGGUCUCGAGGAAGGACAGACUGCUCGGAGGAGUCGAAUGCACACAGAGGACGACGAUCAAGCGGUUUUGGUGCGACUGGAAGGAUGGUUAUGGAACCUAGAGAACUGGGAGGUGUGGAAAGCAGCUUUCAUUCAGGUUAUGGAGAGGGUUGAGGAUCAAAGAAUCCACGAAGUUGUUCGCAGGGAAGUAUCCAAAGCGCUGAAGAACAUGGAAGAAGUAGAGACUAUCGGCGAAUGUGACUCGCACUUGGUCAAGUACGCUUGA